AUGGGUAGAGGGAGAGGGAAAGUGAAUAAACAAUCCCCUAUUGCUCGUGAAUGUAGUUCAAGCUUUGAAGACGAGAAAGUACCCAUGAAGAGAAGGGGAAGGCCACAAAAAGUAACGAAAGACGAAAUCAGGAAUGGUGAUGAGUUGGAAAGGUUAGAGGGAAACGAACAAGAAUACGAAACUGGUGAGGAUGCUAAAAUUCCAGAUGCGAGUAAAAAUAGCAAAAAUGGUGCCGCCACAGAGGAUGGCAAGAAGAGGAAAAGGCCUUCAUUGGAAGGUGAAGAUUUAGUCAUAAAAGAAAAUGCCUUGAUAAAAAAUGUGAGCUAUAGACAAAAUGGAAGUCGGAGGAAAAACAAGCCUAGACGUGCAGCUGAGGUUGGCGUCGAGUGA